GGCGAGGCAGAGCCGGGGUCGCGGCCAAGACCCGUCACCCGGGGCGCCCGCGCCGCCCUGCCCUGCCCUGCCCGGCCCUGCUCCCCGCUGUCGAUCCCAUCGCCGGCACCGGCACCGGCGGCAGCCUCCAGCCCCAGAGCCGCUGCCCGGCGGGACCCCGCGCCGGCUGAGGGUGGAGCCUGGCUCUGCGAGCGAUGGUUGGACGCCAGGCGGAGGAGGCGGGGACCGGGCGCUGGUUGGUUGGACGCCGGGCGGAGGAGGCGGGAACACGGGCGGGGGCCGGGCGCUGGUUGGUUGGACGCCGGGCGGAGGAGGCGGGCACGGCGCACGGGCGGCAGCGAUGGCGGGCUCGGCGCUGUCCCGGGUGCCGGACGUGCAGAUCGAUGGCGACGGUGUCUUCAAGUACGUGCUGGUGCGGGUGCGCGAGGCCGGCGCGCCCGCCAAGGACGUCGUGCGAGGCCACGCCUGGGCCGAGUACCACGCCGACCUGUUCGAGCGCACCGCGGAGGAGCUGGCGCCGCACGGCCUGAGCUGCGAGUGCCUGGGCGGCGGCCGCAUGUCGCACCGCCCUGCAGAGAGGAAGAUCCACGUCUACGGGUACUCGGUGGGCUUUGGACGCGCUGACCACGCUGUGACCACAGAGAAGUUGAAGGCAGAGUAUCCCGACUAUGAGAUUACCUGGGCAGAUGAAGGGUACUGACUCCUCUGUCUGUGGUGCCAGCCCAGAACUGGCACAGCUGUGUGCAGCACCGGGGUGGUGGCAGCAGGUUCCCCAUGCUCGGCUGUGCUCCAGACUCUCCUGAUUUUCCUCUGUGUUGAACUUGCCCGUUCUCUGCUGUCAACCGGACUGUCCCCGUGACAGAUGCUCCCACCUCCCUGGCAUGGCAAAGCUGGUGAAGCCAGUGGUUGCUCUGCCCCAGCUCUCUGGCACCAGGGGCUCAUCCACGUGUAUCUGUGAGAAUUAAAGUCGUUGGAGGAGCACAGCUGCUCUGGUGGC